AUGGCUUACAUGGCCGGGCAAUCUGGCGGGUAUGGUAUGCUUCGAUUUACAAAACGGAAUUUUUACAAUUAUGCACACAGGCAACGGCUUGCACGAAUAUCGGAUGGGGAUGCAACAGCCACCAUCGGUUACCUAGAGGGUAAGGCGAAUGUGGACAUGAUGACAUCGGCACGCUACACACGGACCCCGGACAAUCGGCUGGGCAGCCUAUUUUGGGCUAAUGUGGAGUUGAUGGUGGACUAUCAGCUAUUCGAUGAUGUUUUGGCGUUUGAUUCUACGUAUCGUUCUAACAAGUACAGGAAGCAGCUGGUGGUUUUCUCCGGGUCAAAUCACCACAAACAAACAUCCAUUUUUGGGUUUGCGUUGCUGGAGGAUGAAGAGGUUCGUACUUACCGGUGGGUGUUAUUGAACCUAUUGGAUAUCAUGGGACAUAAGAAGCCUUGUGUAGUAGUCACGGAUGGGGACAAGGUGAUGCGCGCUGCAAUUGUUGAGGUGAUCCCGACCGCGAAGCAUAGAUUGUGCGGUUGGCACAUGGAGAAAAAUUGCGUCCAGAGGGUUAAGGAUAUAGAAUUCCGCAAGGUUUUUCAGAAAGCUCUAAAUGCAAACCUGGAAUCAACGAGUUUGAGGAGUAUUGGAAGACGGCGGUUGAGUCGCUUGGCCUAUAAGAUAACAGCUGGGUUCAGAGCACAUACGAUAGUAGAGAAAGCUAGGCAAUAG